AGCUGUGCCAGAGGCCCUGGCUAAAGACAUCAUGACCUCAGAUGUACUCUGCCAACACUUCCGGCAGUUCCACUACCAUGAGGCCGAUGGGCCCCGAGAGGUUUGCAGCCAGCUCGAUGGACUUUGCAGCCAGUGGCUGAACCCGGAGAGGCACACCAAGAAGCAGAUCAUGGACCUGGUGAUCCUGGAGCAGUUCCUGACUCUCCUGCCCCAGGAAAUGCAGGGCUGGGUGAGAGGAUGUGGGCCGGAGACCAGUUCCCAGGCGGUGGCCCUGGCCGAAGGUUUCCUCCUGAGUCAGGCAGAGGAGAAGAGGCAGGCAGGACAGAUGCGGGGACCACGUUUGGAGAUGGAAGCUGCAAUCCCUGAGGCAGAAGGAGCUUCCUUUGAGCAGGGGCAGAGGGUGCCGGCGGUGGAGCGUGCCCAAGAUGCCCUCUCCUGUGGAACAGGCAGUGAAGAGAUGCUGUUGAGCCUUCGUCUUUUCAGAGGGGUGGAAACGGCUGCUGCACCUGCAAUCCAGGGUCCCUUUUCCUUUGAGGAGGUGUCCGUCUCUUUCACGGAGGCAGAGUGGGCCCUGCUGGAUCCGAGACAAAGAGCUCUGCACAGGGAAGUCAUGCUGGAGAACUAUGAGAAUGUGGCCUCUCUGGAAGAUGAGCAGAGGAAUGUGGAGGGUGAGGAACUUCAUCAGAAAAUGCCACAUAGAGUUAAAAAUGAAAACUUGAACAAAAUUGUCAGGAAUCAAGGCAAACAUAAGAUAAAGAAAGAUGGUGGUAUGGUUGAGAAAUAUGAUGGAAGAAAGCAGAAUGUACAUUUUCCAAAGCACAGGAUAAUGAAGGCAAGGAAAUCCAUUCGGUGUGGAAAGUAUUUCAGAAAUAGAUCACAGCUCCAAAGAAUACACAGAGGGGAGAAACUCUUUGAAUGGUCUGAGUGUGGAAGGAUAUUCAGUCAGAAUGGCCAUCUUCAAAAGCAUCAGAGAACCCACACAGGGGAGAAACCUGUUGAAUGUUCAGAGUGUGGAAAGAGAUUCAGUUGGGCCAGCUGUCUUCAAAGGCAUCAGAGAACCCACACAGGAGAGAAACCUUUUCAGUGCUCAGACUGUGAAAAGAGAUUCAGUAUCCGUAGCAAUCUUCAGAAACACCAAAGAACCCACACAGGGGAGAAACCUUUUGAAUGCCCAGAGUGUGGAAAAAGAUUAAGUGACAGGGGGAGUCUUCAAAGGCAUCAGAGAACCCACACAGGGGAGAAACCUUUUCAGUGUUCAGAGUGUGAAAAGAGAUUCAGUACCAGUGGUGAACUUCAGAACCACCAAAGAACCCACACAGGGGAGAAACCUUAUGAAUGCAUAGAGUGCAGAAAGAGAUUUAGUCGGAGUUACCAUCUUCAGUUGCAUCAGAGAACCCACACAGGGGAGAAACCUUUUCAGUGCUCAGAGUGUGAAAAGAGAUUCAGUACCAGUAGCGAACUUCAGAACCACCAAAGAACCCACACAGGGGAGAAACCUUAUGAAUGCAUAGAGUGCAGAAAGAGAUUUAGUCGGAGUGACCAUCUUCAAUUGCAUCAGAGAACUCACACAGGGGAGAAACCUUUUGAAUGCUUAGAGUGUAGAAAGAAAUUCAGUAGACAUGACAGUCUUCAAAAGCAUCAGAUGAUCCACAGAGGGGAGAAACCUUUUCAAUGCUCAGAGUGUGGGAAGAGAUUCAGUCAGAGAGGCAGUCUUCAAAAGCAUCUAAGAACCCAUACAGGGGAGAAACGUUUCGAAUGCUCAGAGUGUGGGAAGAGAUUUCGUGUGAAUUCCGGUCUUCAGUAUCAUCAAAGAACCCACACAGGAGAGAAACCUUUCGAAUGCUCAGAGUGUGGGAAGAGAUUUCAUGUGAAUUCCGGUCUACAGUAUCAUCAAAGAACCCACACAGGGGAAAAGCCUUUUGAAUGCUCAGAGUGUGGGAAGAGAUUCAUUCUGAAUGUCCAUCUUCAAAAGCAUCUAAGAACCCACACAGGGGAGAAACCUUUCGAAUGCUCAGAGUGUGGGAAGCGAUUUAGUGUGAAUUCCAGUCUUCAGUAUCAUCAAAGAACUCACACAGGGGAGAAACCUUUUGAAUGCUCAGAGUGUGGGAAGAGAUUUAGUGUGAAUUCCAGUCUUCAGUAUCAUCAAAGAACCCACACAGGGGAGAAGCCUUUUGAAUGCUCAGAAUGUGGAAAGAGAUUUAGUGUGAAUUCCAGUCUUAAGUAUCAUCAAAGAACCCACACAGGGGAGAAACCUUUUGAAUGCUCAGAAUGUGGAAAGAGAUUUAGUGUGAAUUCCAGUCUUCAGUAUCAUCAAAGAACCCACACAGGGGAGAAACGUUUUGAAUGCUCAGAGUGUGGAAAGAGAUUUAGUGUGAAUUCGAGUCUUCAGGAUCAUCAAAGAACCCACACAGGGGAGAAACCUUUUGAAUGCUCAGAGUGUGGGAAGAGAUUUAGUGUGAAUUCCAGUCUUCAGGAUCAUCAAAGAACCCACACAGGGGAGAAACCUUUCGAAUGCUCAGAGUAUGAGAAGAGAUUAAGUCAAAGUGGCCAUUUUCAGUUGCAUCAGAGAACCCAUACAGGGGAGAAACCUUUUGAAUGCUCAGAGUGUGGAAAGAGAUUCACUAGGCAUAACCGUCUUCAAAUGCAUCAAAGGAUCCACAGAGGGGAGAAACCUUUUCAAUGCUCAGAGUGUGAAAAGAGAUUCAAUACCAGUGGCAGUCUUCAACUGCAUCAAAGAACCCACACGGGUGAGAAACCUUUUGAAUGCUUAGAGUGUGGGAAAAGAUUCAGUAGGCGUGACAAGCUUCAAAGGCAUCAAAGAACCCACACGGGUGAGAAACCUUUUGAAUGCUUAGAGUGUAGAAAGAGAUUCAGUAGGCGUGACAAGCUUCAAAUGCAUCAGAGAGGGCACAGAAACCUUGGGAUGCUUGCUGUCCAGGCCUAG